AUGAUCGGGGCCGUCCAAUUAGGACUCUUGGCGGCCUGUAUUGUUCUCUUCGUGCCCAUGGGCAUGGCCGGUUGGCAUCUCAGCCGCAACAAGAUGCUCUUCUUCAGCUGCGCCCUUUUCAUCACUCUCGCCGUCGGCGUCCAUUUAAUGCCCUAUUUCCCUAUGAUCUCCGCUUUUCUGUCGCCGUCGCAGGUAAUCAUUUCUUCGCAUCGCGACUCUUGCGUGCCCUUCCUUCAUAAUGUUGUGUAUACCGACAGCAAAGAGUGUGACGACGAUGGCCCUUUUAUCAAUAAUCACGAGAUGGGUUGUAAGAAGUCAUGGGAUUGGAUCCAGACCGGUCGGGUCGCCGAGUGCGAGUUUCAGAAGCUGAAGAAAUCGGACGCAUCGGAUUUGUUAAACGGUUCAUGGGUAGUUGUUGCUGGGGAUUCUCAGGCGAGGUUGAUGGCUGUUUCAUUGUUGAAAUUAGUAUUGGGACCCGAGAGCUUGGAGAAGGUAAGAGGUGAUUUGUUCAAGCGGCACAGUGAUUACUCGAUGAUGGUCGACCAGAUCGGGAUGAAGCUGGAUUUCAUUUGGGCUCCUUAUGUUGGGAAUUUGACUGAACUGAUGUUACUCUUCAAAAAGAACAAGAACUUGCCGGAUGUUUUGGUGAUGGGGGCAGGCUUGUGGGACAUGCUGCACAUUAACAAUGCCUCUGAAUAUGGUGCCUCUUUGCGAGUUUUGAAAAAUAACGUGCUGGCUCUUAUCCCGGUUUCCUCGAAUUUGGAUUCUGAUGUUGAAGAAGGGCCUAAAUCGGAGGCCCGUUUGCUGCAUUUGUUCUGGGUUGGGAUGCCAACUUUGAUAACAUCAAUGUUGAACACAGAUGCUAAGAGGGAGAGAAUGACGGGCUUGAUGUGCAGUGCGUAUGAAGAUGAGACAAAAAAGAGCCAGAUUUUGCGCCAAGGUGGGGGACCUCUUUUGAAGCUCGAUAUUCGUCUGUUGAGUGAUUUGUGUGGCCCUCUAUGCUCGGCUGAUGGGAUGCAUUAUGAUGGGGUUGUUUAUGAUGCUGCUGUUCAAAUAAUGUUGAAUGCCUUGAUAAUUGAAUCUGAUCAAAAGCUCCUGAGAUGA